GAGCGCCGAGCGCCGGUCGACGCCACCCUCCCACCCAGUAGCGCCGCACGGCCACGCUGCCAUCCCGCCGGGCCGCGUCGCCCUCCCUCCCCGCGGAUUCUCCCGACCGCUUCUCCCUCCCUCCUCGGCGUCGCCAGUUCCCUUCCCCCUCCGCAGAUCCGCCCCGGCGCGCGGUUCCUCACCAAAUUGUUCUCGGCGGCACCCAAAGGCCGCUGCCUCCUGGGAUUCCCUACUCGUUGCGCUCGCUACAACUGGUGAUUUUGAUUUUGAAACCAAACAGCAUCCCACCUGAGUUCAAUAUUUGGAUCUGGGAUUGCCUUAGUACACCUACCUGCGACGAACAGCUUGAUUUGCUACUGGUGUGAUAUGGUGUGAGAGGCCGGGUUCUUGAGAGCGCGAUGAGCAGCCAGGGGUUCGGUCCGGGGAGCCCCAAGUCCGUCCGCUACCUUAGAGCAGACUUCGAUCUCGAGUCCGGGAUCCCCCGCAAGGGCCGCAAGCCCAAGAAUCCUCACCUCGACGCCCCCGGCCUCGUGAGCUCGGCGUUGAUGAGGGUCCGAUACUUCUACGAGGCGCACCCCGUCGCGGUCGCCCUCAUCCUGCUGUCCUUCGGGCUCAGCAUCCUGAUCCUCCUGUCCGUGUACGAGACCCGGUUCAGGACGAUGAGGAGCAGCAAUGCGUGGUCGAAUGAGGUCGGGGGGUACCCGUUCCCGAGCCUCCGGAACCUUGUCAUGGUGGCUGGGCAUUCGAUUUACACGAGCGCGAGCUGCGGGAAGAUUGACCGCGAGGAUUCGUGGUUCUUGGAGCCGUACCAGAAGCACCCUGGCCAGGUGGCCACGUUCUUGGCGCACAUCAAGGAGGGGGUAGAGAUCGCUGCGAGGGAUGAGGAUGCGCUCCUGCUGUUCAGCGGUGGAGAGACGAGGAGAGAUGCCGGCCCGAGGAGCGAGGCGCAGAGCUACUGGGCAAUUGCAGAAUCAAAAGGCUGGUUCGGAAAUGAUGAGAGUGUAAGGAGCCGUGCGCUAACUGAGGAGCAUGCGCGAGAUAGUUUUGAAAACCUUCUAUUUAGCGUCUGCCGUUUCAGAGAACUCACUGGAAGAUACCCACAAAACAUAACUGUCGUAAGCUAUGAUUUCAAGGAGGAACGGUUCGCACAAUUGCACAGAUCCGCACUCGGAUUUCCAGAAGGAAGAUUCUUCUUCUCAGGUACCCCGGCAACACCUUCAGCAAGGGAGGCUGCUGUGAAAGGUGAAGCAUCUGUCAGGUCUCAGUUCCUGGAAGAUCCAUAUGGAUGCCUUGGUUCUCUUCAUGUGAAGAAGCUCAAGAGGGACCCAUUUCACCGUACCAUUCCGUACCCUGAUGGUUGCCCUGAACUGAAGGGUCUGUUCUCCUAUUGCGGUCCGGUGCCUUACUCUGGGCACCUUCCUUGGACUCAAUAGUGCAACGUACAUGAACCUUGGAUCAAACUCCUACUGCCACUGAAAUCCCAACAUUCUUGCAAUGACCUGGUUCUGGACUGACAGAAUAUGUUUUCGAUCUUGUCUGCUUUGUGAGGGAUAAGAGAAGAGUUACACUAGGAUUAGUGGGAUCGUUUUUACAAUGGAAGCAUGCUACAUGUUCAAUAUAUAGAGUUUUCUUUUUUCUUCUCCCCUGGUUAUCCUCCCAUGUUUCCACUGUCCAUUGAAACUUGUGAAUUUGUUUGUACACGUACUCUGGUACCGUUAGCAAUGCAAGCAAUGAAGAACUUGCCCGUGCAGGUUAGCCUGCUGCGCC